AUUUCAGACUUCCGAAAAGCAUUUCAACUUUUUGACAAAGAUGGCAACGGAAAAAUAACCGCCGACGAACUUUUCGACGUCAUGCGAUCUUUGGGUCAGAAACCAAGCGACCGUGAAGUGGAGGCCAUGAUUCAACAAGCUGAUCAAGAUGGUAACUAGUCAGACUUAGACACGUUUACACUCAGGAGAGGGGGCGGGGGGGAUUCCGGUGCGGGGUCAAUCGUCGUUUUGGGGGUUAAAAUUGGAGGCCUUUAGAUUCUGAGAAGGGGAGAAUACGAGAACGAUAUUUUCGAGGGGUAGCUGGCAGCAAGGUCUGGAACCGAGUUUACAUGAUCAAUGUUCACUGGUCUCGUUCUUAGCGUAGUAAACCGCAAAGGACAAAAGCACGACCAGAAGAAAGAGAAACGUAAGCUCCACAUUACCGCGAAAAAAAAAUUGGUUACAGCAAAGAAAGCAACGACCAACAGGACCAAAAGCGAAUUCCUUUCACAGUGUCGAAUCGCUGCGAAGACAAACUUCUUGUUCCCAGCACGUUUCGAGCAUGCUCGCUACAGUUCUCGAAUGAUUGACAGAUUUUUAACUGGGGCGAUCAUGGAAACCGAAAAGCGGCAAGAUCAAAGGCCGUUGCCAGCCACCGCUUGAUCCAUCUUGAUUUUGGCGGGAAAACGUGAUAGCCGUCGUCAUCUGAUUCUACAAGUUAUCAAAUGUUACAAGUUUCAUCAUUUUGCGAUUGGGAGCGAAGCUAGGUCAACCUACUUCACUUCCGGUGGAAAAAAGUACAGUGAUGUUUUCCGGUAUGUGUAUUUUUGGAGGAUACGCAAAAAAAAAAACAACAACAACAACAACAAUUAAAGUCAAUCUCGUUCUCCUACUCGUACUCGUCCUCGAAUCUACAGCUAAAUCUAAAGGUCUGUGCUCUAGUGGAUUUUUAUCACUUAUUGAACACUAUUCUAACUGCAAUCACUGCGGAAACAACUGCGCCCAGCUAAAGCUAAACCUGCACACUAACGAGCAUUAGAAUAUUUUUCCAGAAACCCCUUAGUCCUAAAACAGUUGUGGAAAUUAUGUGAAAAAGAUUACCUAAACCUGUUGUGCAGUGACAACGUUUACGGGAUCUUUUAUUGUAAAACUGUUUAACUUGUUUUGUCAUUUUGUUUUUGUUUUUUGCGCUUCUUUGUUUGUUUGUUUGUUUGUUGUUAACGCUUGUUAAUGCUUGUUUUGAUUAGGCGAUGGGACGAUCGAUUUUUUAGAGUUCCUAGAAGUUAUGGCGAGCAGGAUGGGUGAAAACUCGUUUGAAGAUGACAUGCGAGAGGCUUUUCAAAUGUUUGACCGAGACUGUAAUGGGUAUAUAUCCAAGAGAGAGUUAAAGUUCGUCAUGAUCAGCCUUGGUGAACAGAUUACUGAGGCUGCGGUAGAGAACAUGAUGAAAGAAGUCGACUUGGAUGGUGAUGGCAGAGUAAACUAUGAAGGCGAGUAG